AAUGGGGCCAACUACUCUGUAGUAACUGAAUUUGUGUUCCUGGGACUCUCCAAUUCCUGGGAAAUCCAGAUUUUUCUUUUCUUCUUCUCUUGUCUUUUCUAUGUGUCCAGUAUAAUGGGAAACCUCCUCAUAGUUGUUACUAUAACUUCUGACCCUUACUUGCACUCACCCAUGUAUUUUCUGCUGGCAAACCUCUCUGUCAUUGAUCUGAUAUUUUGCUCUAUUGCCGCACCCAAGAUGAUCUGUGAUCUUUUUAAGAAGCGGAAAGUCAUCUCCUUUGGGGGAUGUAUUGCUCAGAUCUUCUUUAGCCAUGCUGUUGGGGGAACGGAGAUGGUUCUUCUCAUAGCCAUGGCCUUUGACAGAUAUGUGGCCAUAUGUAAGCCCCUCCACUACCUGACCAUCAUGAGCCCAAGAAUGUGCUUUUACAUUCUGGUGGUUGCCUGGAUCAUUGGUUUCAUUCACUCAUUGUCUCAGUUGGCUUUUGUUGUAAAUUUACCCUUCUGUGGCCCUAAUGUAUUGGACAGCUUUUACUGUGACAUACCUCGACUCAUCAAACUUGCUUGCACAGAUACUUAUAAACUGGAGUUCAUGGUCGCUGCUAAUAGUGGGUUCAUAUCUUUGGGCGCUUUCUUCUUGCUUAUCCUCUCUUACAUCUUCAUCCUGGCAACUAUUAAGAAAUGCUCCUCAGGAGAUUCUUCUAAGGCUCUUUCUACUCUGUCUGCUCAUAUUACUGUGGUGAUUUUAUUCUUUGGUCCACUGAUUUUUUUCUAUAUGUGGCCCUCUCCUUCAACACAUCUGGAUAAAUUUCUAGCAAUAUUUGAUGCAGUUUUGAUUCCUUUUCUAAAUCCAGUCAUCUACACAUUCAGAAACAGAGAGAUGAAGGUAGCAGUGAGGAGAAUGUUCUGUCAGUUUAUGGGUUGUAGCAAAACCUCUUAA